UCACACAAUUGCUACUCGUCCGACUUCAUCCCUCACUGCUUCAGCCGCUUCAGCCGCUUCCGCCAUGAACACCUUCUUCUUUCUUGCUGUACUCCUGGUCUUCUGCUCAGCCGAGCAAAUGACUGCCAAGAAGUUCUCAACCAAGACGUCAUCUCCGAUCCCGGAACUCCAGGAAGUCUUCGCAACCGUUGCAGCCGACGAGUUUCCAUUCCACAAGGCUAAUACCCAGCCGCUGGCUAUCUACUUGAACAUCAGCACCCCCCAAGACUGUAUCCACAAGAUCUUCAGAAUGACGAUCUCCUUCUGCUCCCAAGUGGAAUGCCAGAACAUGGAGGCAAUGCAGAAGAUCUGCAACACCACCACACCAACCAUCAAACACGUCGGGGAGCUCUGCUGCCCCGAGUUUUUUGAGCAGGUCAAAGACGACUUCGUCACCCUGCUCUGAUCAAUGCUCCAUCGUUCACUCUCCGUUUGCCCAGUUGUCCGAUCUCCACUCCGUUUACACUACCUUCAAAUAUCCCCCACCUCGAAAAAUAAUUUUCUACCUUACUCUCUCAAAUUUCAUUGUAACUGUGUGAACUCUUGUUAAUAAAAAAAAAGAAAAGAAAAUG